CAUCCAGCAUCAGAUGGUCUCAUUUGUGGGAGGCUGCUCUCUUGCGGCCGUCGGGAGUAAAAUUGGAGGCGAGGACGCAGGGAGGUUCACAGAAAACGGUUGUUCCGCUGCUGUCAGAACAUGUCUAUGGUUAGAAUCUGGUUUGAAUAGAUCUAUUAAGGACAGAAACGUAUUCAGAUGUCUUCAGCUGUCGCUCGGUUAUUAAAAACUUUCAAACCUGAGCUCAACUUUGAGUUUGUUUCCUGAAUCCAGGCCUCGCAGUCCGGGUUUUCCUUCUCUCCCCUCCACAUCUCCUUCCUCCUCUCCUAUAGAGCACCUUCACUCGUACAGCUCUCAGUCUGAGAGUAGGAGGAGGAUGAUCUAUGAUUGGCCAGACGGGGGCUGGUAGUCCGGAGGUUGGCACAGUGAGGCUGGCGUUCUUCCCCGUGUUCAUGUUUACACCUUGCGGACCGGGACAGACGGAAACACGCGGCGGUCUGGAGUGCGUUCCAGUGCUUGCGUCCCUCGGAGCUUCUUCUCCAGAAGAUCUUUUUUUUUUUACUGUCAUUGAUUUAAUGUGUUAAUUUUUCUGUUUGUGGCUGCAGAUGUGCGUUCUGCUCCACAUGGAACUGGACCGUCUCCUAGUUUAAUGUCUUGGUUCGGCGCAGCGAUGCUCCAAACUUUUUGCUGACUUUUUGCUGCGCCUUUGCGCGCGAGCGGCUCAGAGCGGAGCGGAGGAGGGGGUCAACCUGGAAACCACACUUUUGUGGGGCGCACAGUAUUUUCCAUGGACCAUUGAAAACUUUAGGCAGGGGCCGGAAUGAACGCGCCUUCAUUUCUACGCGCGCUGUUGGCUGAUGGAGGCAUUUAAUCAAAAACUAAAAUAAGGAAGGAGAAAACAAAGACCACCUCCCCGAUAUUCUUUCAGUUCCGCUGGGUUUGUAAUCAUCGCUCCGUUCAGUCAGGAGUCCAGUUGGAGCAGCACCAUCCGAGACUCAGCCUUGGCAGAGCAGCCGGAAAAGAUGCGCUUUCUUCGGAUGCUGCGUAAAGAAGAUCUCGUUUAUCUGGUCCUUCUCUUCCUGGUCGGGAGGCAUGUCGUGUCUGGCACUGGUGAGAGCAGCGAUGACGUUGACACAGAGGGACUCCCUGACUCCUAUCCAUCGGCACCAGCGGAGCCUCUCCCAGUGUUCCUGCUGGAGCCAGAGGAUGCUUUUAUCGUAAAGAACCGGCCUGUCCAGCUGCGCUGCCGGGCGUCGCCCGCCACCCAGAUCUACUUCAAAUGCAACGGGGAGUGGGUGAACCAGAACGAUCACGUCACCAGAGAGAGCCUGGACCAGAUCACAGGUCUGGUGGUGCGGGAGGUGGACAUUUCAGUGUCCAGGACUCAGGUGGAGGAGCUGUUCGGGCUGGAAGACUACUGGUGCCAAUGUGUGGCCUGGAGCUCGGCCGGCACCACCAAGAGCGUCCGGGCCUACGUUAGGAUCGCAUACCUGAGAAAGAACUUUGAGCAGGAGCCUCUGGGGAGGGAGGUGCGGCUGGAGCAGGAGGUGCUGCUGCAGUGUCGACCCCCGGAGGGCAUGCCCGCCGCCGAGGUGGAUUGGCUGAAGAAUGAGGAUGUCAUCGACCCAUCAAAGGACUCCAAUUUCCUGAUCACGAUCGAUCACAAUUUAAUCAUCAAACAGGCCAGACUCUCGGACACGGCUAAUUACACGUGUGUGGCUCGCAAUGUGGUUGCCAAAAGACGCAGCAGCACAGCCACAGUCAUUGUUUACGUAAGUGGAGGCUGGUCUUCUUGGACCGAGUGGUCGGAGUGUAAUGCUCGCUGUGGGCGGGGCUGGCAGCGCCGCACUCGCAGCUGCACCAAUCCCACCCCUCUGAAUGGAGGAGCGUUCUGCGACGGCCCCCCAGUGCAGAGAGUCACCUGUACGACACUCUGUCCAGUGGAUGGAGGCUGGACGGAGUGGGCAAAGUGGUCCGCCUGUGGGACAGAGUGCACCCACUGGAGAAGCCGCGAAUGCCAAGCCCCCUCACCCAUAAACGGAGGAAAGCACUGCAGUGGCAGCAUGAUGGAGAGCAAAAACUGCACCGAGGGGCUUUGUGCAAGAAAUAAAAAGAUCUCAAUUGAACAUUCAAGUCAUCCUCUGGCUCCAGGUAUGGGUGAGGCAGUCUACGCCGGUCUGGUCGUUGCCUUGCUGCUGAGCGUGGUAAUGGUGCUGUGCGUUGGCGUGCUGGCCUACCGCCGCCGAUGCCGCCAUCUCCACGGAGACAUCACCGACUCCUCGUCCGCUCUGACCACCGCGUUCCACCCGGGCAACUACAAGCCUCCCAGACAGGAUAACCCCCGCCCCCUGCACCCCCCGGCGCCACCGGAUCUGACUGCCACAGCCGGCACUUUCCGGGGGCCGCUCUUCUCCCUGCAGCAGGCCGUCCACGACAGCCCUCACAAAAUACCCAUGACCAACUCCCCCUUGCUGGACCCGCUCCCCAGCCUCAAGAUUAAGGUCUACAACUCGUCCACUCUCUCCUCCCUGGAGCUCCCGGCGGACUCGGGCGACGGCGAGAUCCUCAGCCUGAAAUCUGUGGGCAUGGUGAGCAAAGAGCGGGAAUACCACAGCCACACGCUGUCCAGAGAGCCGGGCCUGAGCACCAGCGCCACCCUGGGAAAUCUGGGAGGCCGUCUAACCAUACCCAGUACAGGUGUUAGUUUGCUGGUCCCGCCUGGCACGAUCCCCCAGGGGAAGUUCUACGAGAUGUACCUCAUUAUUAACAAGUGGGACAAAACAACGUCACCAUCCGAAGGCAGUCAGACUGUGCUCAGUCCAGUGGUGAGCUGUGGACCAUCUGGCAUGCUGCUGAACCGCCCUGUGGUCCUCACGCUACCUCACUGCGCCCAGCUGGACACGCCAACGCCUGACUGGACCCUCACUCUCAAGACGCAGACGCAUCAGGGCGGCUGGGAGGAGGUGCUGACAGUCGGAGAGGAAACUUUGUCGUCUCCUUGCUAUGUGCAGCUAGAAGAAGAAAGCUGCCAUGUCCUCCUGGAGCAGCUGGGGACGUACGGCCUUGUGGGCCAGUCCUGCCCUCCGCAGCCCGCCUGCAAGCGCCUGCAGCUGGCUCUGUUCGCCCCCAGAGCACCCUGCCUCUCCCUGGACCUCAGCCUCCGCAUCUACUGUAUCCAUGACACCCCACAUGCGCUCAAGGAGGUGAUGGACUUGGAGAGGAGUCUCGGGGGAGUGUUACUAGAAGAUCCUAAGCCGCUGCUCUUCAAAGACAGCUACCAUAACCUCCGUCUGUCCAUCCACGACAUUCCUCACUCACACUGGAGGAGCAAGCUGCUGGCCAAGUACCAGGAGAUUCCGUUUUAUCACAUCUGGAGUGGCAGUCAGAGACCCCUGCACUGCACCUUCAGCCUGGAGAGAAGCAGCCUGGCCGUGUCGCAGCUCACCUGCAAGAUCUGCGUGCGGCAGGUGGAAGGGGAGGGGCAGAUUUUCCAGCUGCUCACGGACAUUCAGGAGACCCUACCGCCACAUUCGCCCCUUCCCUCGGGAGGCUCCUGCCUUCCUUCCUCUCAAGUGGGACCUUACGCCUUUCGCCUGCCUGACUCCAUCCGCCAGAAGAUCUGCACCAGUUUGGAUGCUCCAAGUGCUCGGGGGUGUGAUUGGAGGCUACUGGCUCGCAGUCUGGGCUUUGACAGGUAUUUGAACUACUUUGCAACAAAGCCCAGCCCCACGGGAGUUCUGCUGGACUUAUGGGAAGCGUGUCACCAAGGUGACGCGGACCUGGUCUCUUUAGCGACCGCGCUGGAGGAGAUGGGCAAAAGUGAAGUGCUAGUUGUCAUGACUACGGAUGGGGACUGUUGAUUGGUCACAAACAAAGUAUCGGGCAAAGACGGUUGUUUUUCCUUGUGUUUUUUUUUUUUCACAGCGGUUUCAUGAAAAUAAGAACACCUUCCUAUCAAUAUGCACUAAUCGCUUUUCAUAUUACCUCCAAACACCCCCCCCCCCCCCAUCUGACCCAUCCUCAGCCAUCUCUAACACAUUUCAAGCCAUUCCAUGCCGGGACACCCCGCCUGCCAACCCGCUUCUCCAGAACAACGUUGCAUUUUCUGACCAAAUUCUCUUAAAAAAGUUUCAUUGCAAACUUGCAAACUAAAAAUUGGCAGAAUUCUGCUGGGAUUCUUAGCGUAAGCAUCUCACCCCAUGGCAGGGGCUUUUGUUUUCCAAAAGGCUGCUGUGGGCAUGCGGUGGGGGGGGGGUGGUCGCAGACCUGCUCCGCCUGCAGCUUCUCAACAGUCCACACACAGACAAAGCAGUUAUUAAACACCUCUGAAAGAAAAAAAAACAACCAAGGAUUUCUGGUCUAAUUGCUUUGUGCAAGGAUCGAACCCUCAAGGUUUGAGUCAUAUUGCUUUUGGGCUGAAGAAAAGAAGCCGCCUCUUCUCUGUGGAAGGAGAUCGAUUUGCAAAGUUUGUUUCCGAACUGACUUUAUAUGGUACCAACAAAUGCCUCAAAGCCUUGGCAUAUCAUCCCGCCUCAGGGGGGGAGUUUCCUUUUUCCCUCCAACGCUCAGCCACUCUGCUGAGAAGACGCUGCCCCCCCCCCUUAAAAGUUUCCUUUAGGGAACGCUUUUUAAGUUAUCAUCCAUAUUUGUGGAUUUUCUUUUUUUUCCCUCCUGUUUUGUAAUCUGUCCUGGAUUAGACCGCCGCCGAGCUUCUCUGUUUAAUUAUGAUCCAAGUAGAGCAGACAAAAUGGGAAAGUUAGCUAAUUCUCUGUCGUGAAUAGCAAAUUAUGUGUUUCGAAAUUAUUAAUCCAUACAAAAAUGUAAAAAAAAAAAUAACCUGAAACAUAAAUUAGAGAUGAUCCUAGUGAAUUUAUGAAACAAACCUUAAAGUUCAAGAUUUUUUACUUUCGUUUCCUGCAAAGUUUCUUCUUUUUAAAAAGGUGAUUAAAUUUGACGAAAGCGUCAAUCAAUUUGGCGCCGAGGGACCAUCAACAAGAGUUUACCUCAAAACAAACGGAAUUAUAGAGAUGCUUUUUCACUAAAUAUGCAACUUUUGUUAAUCUAUUGCCUAAGCUGCCUGCUUUGUGAUUCCAGCCCUCAUAGUGUUUGCAUAAUCAAUAACAUUCUGUCAAUGUUUUGAUGGUAAUUGAGAUAACAUGUGCAGCCAUUCCUCCCAUCCUGUGGGUCCUCCUCAAGAAAAAAAAAAGUGUUGAUUUCUUUAGGUACAACAAAACCAAAACAGCAUCAGUAUCCCUCCUCUUCAGCAGUGACUCAUGCUUGGCGUGAAUGAACGCUCCUGUGAGUGAAUGGCUCUGUGUGGGCAGGUGGCUGUGCACGUACGUGUGCACACGUUUUUACGAUCUGUCAUUUCUCUUUGUAAGUGCUAUGCAAGUACAAAAGAAAAGCAUUUCCACAUCCGUUUUUUUCUUUCCCCAAAAGAGUACCUCUAUUUUUUCAGAUCAGGGCAUUGACAGGGUUUUUAUUUUUUUUCUUCUGUCUCUCAGAAAUGGCUUAACAUUCUUGAAAAUGCUAGUCUGCGGGAAUUCUCCAUCUGGAAUGGAAGAGAUGGAUCACAGACCAAGGAAGCUAUAAAUGUCGACAACAAAAACAAAGUGAUGCGACGGCUGCAGCCCGAGCCAUGACUAAUGUUGUGAAUUCAUGCCCUGCAGGUCUUUGCCAUGAAUACAUACCUAAACACAACCCGUCCAGUUCCUCGGAUCUCCUCAAAGUGCAGGACAUUUCCCGUUUUCUCAGUUAUGAUGGCAGAGACUGAUGCCUGUAGACUACAGUGUUUUGUUCAUCCAGAUUUCUGGAGGGUCUGCUGGAUCUUUGGCCAUAUUGCUGGAGAGUUUACCUGGAGCCGUACCGGAUUUAAAGAGAUAAACUCAGCCUUUUGUCCGAAAAGUCCGGCGUUUUUACAGAAAACAAAAUAAAUUGUGUUACAUUAUUUUGUCUCUCUAAAGAACCAAUUGUAAAUAAAUGUCUAGCCUUCUUACCUGUAACUAAAUAUAAUUUUUAUGCAAUAAAUUAUAUUUCUUAGUUUAACAGCAAUGUUUGUCUUGUUGUCUCCCCUUUUUUCUUUUCUUUUCUAUGAAUGUUGAGUAAAAAUGCAUUUGCAUCCUUCUCAGGAACUUGGCACUCAAGCUAAAUAACAAAACUACUGUUAAAUGACACUUGGUUUGUCAAUUACACCCCGUUUUCAACUGAAUCUGCAGCACUGCUGAAAAUGUGCCUUUUAGCUUCACACUUUACUGACAAAUUCCCCUGAAGUCCAUUUAAGUUGAAAGUUUUUAACGUGUAGGCUGACAGGCGCUCACAUUACCAGUUCCUGAAGAUGUUAAAGUGGCCUUUAACCACUGACUUUGACAUUUAUGCAGAGUUUUAAUCUUUUUUUUUUUUUGUAUGUGUGAGAAAUUGUCAUUUCUCCCGCUGAGUAAUCUAUGGCGACUGUGUGCUGCAUUAUGAUUGUAACAAUAGGAAACACUUUUGCACCUGUUCCUUCCAUUAAACACAUUAUUAAUUGAAAA